UGGUCAGGCCUAGGAAGCUGCGAAGCUGCUUGGCGGAUGUGGGAGCGGGCCACUCCGCAAUAGCAGUGAUCUUCGCGUCGUCCAUUUGGAGACCCUGGUCAGACACGUAGUGUCCUAAGAAAUCCACUUUGUGCAGGGCAAAACGGCACUUGCUUAGCUUGGCGUAGAAGCCAUGUCUGCGCAAGCGGUCAAGGAUGUCGCGGAGGUGUCUGAGGUGCUCCUCAAGGGUACGACUAUAGACCAGGAUAUCGUCGAGGUAGACGAGAACGUACUGCUCCAGGAUGUCCCUGAAGAUGUCGUUCAUCGCCCUCUGGAAGGUAGCGGGUGCGUUGGCACGAGCAGAAUGGAGUGCUCGACGUCACGCAUCGGUGGGAUGCCGGCGUACGAGAACGACGAUGGGAAAACGUCGUGGUACUCUCGGAUGAGGUCACGAACUGCGGGCUCCAAGUCAGCCGUAUAUCGUGCGAGUUCCUCAGCGUCAGCGUCAGCGCGCGACGGGGGGGUGGACUCGACGGACGGCGGAGGGGCGGAAGUAGAGAUGGGAGCCAUGGAGAUAGAGGGAGGAUCUGGCUCCAGAGGGAUGAGCUCGACGUCGGGACAGGGUGGAUCAUAGUGUAAGAGAUCCGUGACGUCCACCAUAAAGAAGGUGACGUCGUCCUGUCGAAUGAAGUGAGCGAACUGCC